AAGAUAGAAGACGAUUCAAGAAGUGACGAGUUUGAACUGACUUAUCUGAGGGACGCCUCUUCAGAAAACACUAGAAACAAAACUGAAUUUCAGAAUCAGCAAUAUCGACAACAACAACAACAAUUUUUCAUACAAUUGUUACGGUGGAUUACUCUAGAAGGGGAUGAAUUUGUUCACAUUGAAACUUUUUCAGAUCUAGAAGAUGUGUUUUUAUUAUUGGACAUCAUUGCAAAAUUACGAAAUCCUCUCUUAACUACUGUACUGAUUAGUGAACCCGACCCACACCUUAUAACUGUGUCAACCUCUAGUGUUCACGUCGACGUGGAUUGUCUUCUGUUUUGCAUGUUUCCGACGUAG